GUAGCCAAGGAGUGAGCCGUCUCGCGUCCUCCCUAUCUUCGGCAGUGGCAGGCCGCUGAGUCGACCGCCGAGCUACGGAGGCCGAGCGGGCCGGACGGCUGCGUGCUGGAAGUUUCUAUCAGAGCUUCUCAGGGGAGCGACUGCAAACUAACAGUCUGCUGGGGUUUGUUUGGGUUUUUCUCGUCUUGUUGUGCACCGGGCGGGGUCACACCUGCACACCUGCCGCCGAGUGUUUACACCGCAGACUGGACUAGCCGAGCUGAGCUAGGCUAAGCUCGGUGUCCGCCCCGGGGUCCCCAGUGCGGCAGGCCGGCCCAGGCGCGCUCUCGGCGGGAUGUUCGGCUGCCUGGUGGCGGGCCGGCUGGUGCAGACGGACGCGGUGCAGGUCUCCGCCGACAAGUUCGUGUUCAACCUGCCGGACUACGAGAGCGUCAACCAUGUGGUGGUGUUCAUGCUGGGCACCGUGCCGUUCCCCGACGGGAUGGGCGGCGCCGUGUACUUCUCCUUCCCGGCGGCGGGCGGGCAGGUGUGGCAGCUCCUCGGCUUCAUCACCAACGACAAGCCGAGCGCCAUCUUCAAGAUCUCCGGGCUGAAGAAGGACGAGGGCGUCGCGCACCCGUUCGGGAUGACGGCGGCGCCGCAGGCCGCGCCGUCCGUGGCGCAGGUCGGCGUGUCGGUGGAGGCGCUGGGGCAGCUGGCCCAGCAGACCCCGGUGUCCGGCGCCGCCGUGUCCACCGUGGACUCCUUCAUGCAGUUCACCCAGAAGAUGCUGGACAGCCUGUUCAACUUCGCCUCGUCGUUCGCCGUGUCUCAGGCGCAGAUGACGCCCAACCCGACGGAGACCUUCAUCCCGUCCAGCUGCGUCCUCAAGUGGUACGAGAACUUCCAGAGGCGGAUGGCGCAGAACCCAAACUUCUGGAAGAACUGAUGGAGGCCAGGAGGACUUUAUAGAGACAAGGGGAAACUAAAACAGGAGAGAAACACACAGUGCCUGUAGGUUUUAAUAAAACCACCAUCGAGUUGUCAUGCACUUGUUUUCCAUCUCUCCCUCUGUCUGUCUGUCUGUCUCAGUCUCAUCUUUCAGUUUUAGGGGUUUUUCACUGGCUUGACAGGGGAUGCCGCUUAUUGCCAAAGCACAACAAAGUGAUGUGAUUUAAACACUGAGGACAAAACAAAGAAAAAAAAUCCAUAGGUGCCGAUUCCGUAUGUAUUACGAUUCUUAAGUAUUGCGAUUCAACAGGCUGUGAUUCUCCUAGAGGUCACUAGAGGUCAUUUUCUCCAGCUUGGUCCAGUUGGACAAAAGUCUGUGCCUGCAGUGAAAUGGCUGCUAUGGGGGCCAACAUCAUCACACAGGAAUCAAAU